AUGCCAGCCCGUGCCGAGCCUUGGUUACCAGUCUUACAUUCUUCAGUAUUUGCAUUGCAGAAGAAGUCUCUCAAAGGGGAUGUAAAAAAUCUGAUCCUGCUAACCUAUCUCAAAGCACUCACCGUGAUUGGCGUCAUGGCAGUGGUGCUCUUCUUGCAACUGUGUUUGAUACACUGCAUGAUGGUCCGCCGUAGGGAAGCAUAUGAAAAUACAGAACUUCUACAAGAACUCGCACCAGUUGCUGAUAAAAGUAGAGAGAAGGCAUCUGAUAAAAGCAAGGAGAAGGCAUCUGACAAUAGCAGAGAAAAAGUGAUUGAGAAGAUGAUAAUAUCUUGGUUCCGUCGAAUUUUUAAGCGAAAGAAAGAAAAAAAUAUAGAGGUCAAGAAAGAAGAAGUGAAAAAAGAACCAGAGGAAAAGAGACUACCCGGUGAACCGCUGGUUCCAUAUCAUGCUCCAUUCCAACUGCUUUCAUCUGCUGAAUUGGCACCGACGCAAAUGUCGAAUGCUUAUCCGGCACCAACUAUGGCGCCUCCACUCAGGUCUAUAAUAACCGCGUCCAGUCCUCCUACGAAUGAUCUAUUCAUGACACCUGGGGAUGCAAAUCGUCCUCCACUUCCCAGAGCUCCCAGCCCUGGACGCAGUGCUAAUCAUGUUCGAAAAGGUUGGGAUAGGAAAGCGAAAAAUCCAAACGGAAGGUCCAGCUACGGUUGGGAUUGGAUGUGA